GUAGCUGCCUCACACACACCACUCCUGCCCCAGGGGAGACUGUAGUGUACUCUGUCCCGGGCUCUCUUGGAGAGAGAAUCUGUACCAACCCAAGUAUGGCCCACUCUGCAGCAGGCCUACAGACCACAUUUGAGGAUGAGUGUCCCAUCUGUAUGAGCACCCUGACGGACCCACAUCACCCUGCUGCCUGUUCUCAUGUGUGAGUAACCUCCUUUUUAUUGUCAUAUUAUCUAGUGUUAUACCACAGCUUGUAGCCUAAUUUGUAACUUAAUUUGUAGCCUGGUCUUUCUGUUUAAAUUGAGUAUUUGAGUAUUGAGUAAUUGAAGUAGGUUCACUUUUACACAGAAGCUACACUGUAGCAGUGAGCUGUGAGCUCCCAGAGCUGAUGGCUAUAACUGUCUCUAACCCCAAAUAGGUCAUUCUCCCUAAUAUAAUUAAUUCAGUGUCUGAACUCCCUCAAAUACGUUUUCUAUGAAUUCUCUAUUUUUGUCAAUAAAGACCAUCAGCACAGUGCAAAGACAAUAGUAUCUGUGUACAAACUCAACAUUGAUGUUUCUUGAGUAAUAUGAUAAACUACUGAGAUGAGCUUGACAUCAAAUUGUUUGCAAAGUAGACUACAGUUUAUUUUAUGGAUGUCUUGUCAAAGAUGAUAUGCUAUGAUUUGACGAAUGACUUUAUACUCUAAGUAAUAAACAGGUUCUUUACUUCCUCCACACCUUCCACUGCUGGUAAAUAACAAUAACAAGUUGCCAACCUUUGGCGAAAGUGAUAGUGUGUCUUUACAUGAGGGGAAUCUUCCCUCACACCACAGAAAAAUCCCCUGACUGUACCAAAUAUUAUACUUAUAUGGCAAUUCCUCUUCUGAGAAUUGGAUGAGAGUACUUUAGCCUUUUCCUUUCAAUGUUAUGAUCACUGUAGUCUGGAUUUAUGACAUAGCUGCAGUGUUAGGAAAUAGGUUCUUGCAGGUUUGAUUCUUCCUGUAAGUGUAUACUUCAUGACUGAAGAAUGUGCCCACUGUAUCAGUGGACCAUUACCACAAUGAUGCAUGUUGCUUAUGCAUUUAAUUGAAUGAUGCACUGUGUGUGUGUGUGUGUGUGUGUGUGUUGCAGGUUCUGCCGACUAUGUCUGACGUGUUCUUUAAAGUGGUUACCCCACUGCCCUGUGUGCAGAGCUAAGGCGCGGGUUGAUGACAUAAUGCCUGCUGGUGCCACUGAUGUCACUUUCAGAGUCCAGACGAGGACCACAGUCGUCAGGUUGGGUCAACCUCUCCCUGGCUUGUUGGGGCUUUCCACCCCAGCAACUAGACCUGUGACAGGGGAUAUCCAGAGGUGAGUGAGUGACUGGUCUAGACACAGCCAAACCCACAGAGCCAAAUACAGCAGAACCAUGUAGAGACCCUUGGAGUACAUUACGUUUCUAAACCACAGGAGGCUGCUGAGGGGAGGAUGGCUCAUAAUAAUUGCUGGAACGGAGCAAAUGGAAUGGCAUCAAACACAUGGAAACCAUGUGUUUGAUGUAUUUGAUACCAUUCUACUGAUUCUGCUCCAGCUAUUACCACAAUCCCGUCCUCCCAAAUUAAGGUGCCACCAACCUCCUGUGAUCUAAGCAUCAUAUUCAGAGGGUUACAAUGAAUGCACUGACAGUUUCAAUAAGGACCUAAAUGUUGACUGAUUGCAUACCUCCGUAUUUUUUUUUUUGCCGGAGCAGACUACUACAAAUAGCUACUCAGGCAACAGGAAGGAGCAUGGCCAAUCAGAGCCCAGCUACAGAGUCACUACAGCCCCUCCCCUUCCCACCCCAAGAUUCUUCCCCAAACCUUCCUCCUCCAUCACUCCCCCUGCCCCAGCCGAUGACCUAUAUAUGUCUAUGACCCAUACAUCUGUUACUCCUCUUGCUGCCCCUACUUCACAAACACCAACCACCACACCUGCCAUCACACCUACCAUCAGUCCUCCUGCCCCUACCAAUGGUGCAUGCAUGACUAUGGCCCGAACAUCUGCCCCCUCUCUUUCCUCUGUGGCUUCCCCUACUGCACCGGUACCUAUUACCACACCUAACCCGACCCCAGGACUCGCUGCGCCCCAGGACCACAGCCAUUGGCCAUUCCUCAGCACACCCUCCCCAGCUCAAAGACCCACCUCCAUGCCCUCUACAUUAGCUCCUCCUGUACUGGCUAAUUCACAGUCAUUACUGUAGGGCUGAAUUUUCGCAAUCCACCUUCCCUCUCCUUCACUGAUGAUGAGUAAGUCACCAUUGGUAUGUGUGUUCUCAUUAGUGUGCUUGUCUGUGGUGAUUAAAGUAUGUUAGAUUCUUAUACAUUUGCUUCUCAUUGUAGACUACUACAGACCAGAUGAGGCUGGUGGGAGGCGCUAUAGGAGGAUGGGCUCAUUGUAAUGGCUGGAAUGGAAUCAAUGGAACGGAGUCAACCAUGUGGUUUCCAUAUAUCUGUGUUUGAUACCGUUCCAUGAAUUCCAUUCCAGCCACUACAAUGAGCCUGUUCUCCUAUAGCUCCUCCAACCAGCCUCCUCUGCUGCAGACUCAUCAUUAAAAAUGUUACCUGAUAGUGUGACAGUAUUACAUUUUUUCGUAUUUUUUUUCUCUAAUGCUCACUCUCUCUGUGUUUAUCUUUGUCUGUUUAUCUCUCUCUCUGCCCCCCCCCCCCCCACCCCCCCCCCCCACCCCCCACUUCUCUCUCAGUGCUGCAGUGAGGACGUUUGUCUGUCCGAUCUGCCAGGAGAGGGGUCUGAAUGAGCAGGAUCUGGUGGAUCACUGCAAUGACAUCCAUCACUAUGACAACAGGCCCGUGGUCAGUGAUACAUCUGUUAUAAGUUGUCAGUUGCUGAAAUAUAAUUUAGUUUUAUUUUGUGUUGUUUAACCAUGAUAGUCCCCUUAGUAACAAUUGUCACUGCCUCCAGGGAGUCCCCAGUCUCUAGUUCUAGGGAGUUGUUGGCCACUUGGGCUGAAACUUUGUUGCUUUGAGUGAUUGUUGCUCUCUGGUGCCCUCUAGGUGUGCCCGGUGUGUGUCUCUCUGCCACACGGUAACCCAAACCAAAUCAGCAGGAACUUCAUCAGACAUUUGAACCUAAGACACUGCUACUAUGCCGAGGACUACACGGUAGGCUACACACACUCACACACACACACAGACACAGACACACACACACACACACACACACACACUUAAAUAUGUUUCUUUGGUCCACAGAAUAUCCACCAAACCGACACAUUGAACGUGCAAUAUGCCAUUAUUGAGUCUCUCCGGGAUGCCAACCGGAAUCCAAGA